AUGCUUUCGAGAAGCCUCAUUCGAACUUCGCACAGAGCCUUGCGCUCAGCAGCCCCACGAACCAUUCCUGUGCCCGGAUCAUUUGCCCGUACCGAUGACUCAAUCACCGUGGAAUACCCUGAAGAGGGUGACUUGCCGUCCAGUGUACCAGUCCAGGGCCGCGGUGGCCAGCAUAUGAAGCGGACACUGGCCUCGUUCUCGUUGGAGGGUAGGGUCGGCGUUGUCACUGGAGGUGCCAGAGGCCUAGGGCUGGUGAUGGGUCAGGGUAUGGUUAUUUCGGGCGCUAAUUUGGCAAUUGUCGACAUGAACAAAGAAGAAGCUGAGAAGCAGGCCACCGAGCUGGUUGCGAGCUUUCGAAGAGAAAACCCGGGGUCGGCUCGCGUUCCCAAGGUGACUGCUCACUACGCCGAUGUGUCGGAUGCGGACAGUGUCCAAAGUUGCAUUGACGAGGUUAUCAGAGAGCACGGCAAGAUCGACAAUCUUGUGACCAGUGCCGGUUUCACGGAGAAUUUCAAGGCUGUCGACUAUCCUAUCGACCGCAUGCGCAAGCUGUGGGGCGUCAAUGUUGAUGGAACGUACUUGUUUGCAACAAAGGUCGCCAGGCACCUGAUGGACCGCAAGUCCCCUGGCAGCAUGGUGUUCAUUGGCAGUAUGAGUGGUAGCAUCGUGAACGUUCCGCAACCUCAGGCUCCUUACAACGGUGCUAAAGCUGCAGUUCGACACUUGGCUGCAUCGUUGGCUGUCGAGUGGGCCGAAGCUGGAAUCAGAGUCAACUGCAUCUCUCCCGGUUACAUGCUGACUUCCUUAACCGAGAAGAUUCUAGACGACAACCCAGAUCUGAAGAGGCAGUGGACUUCGCUCAUCCCGCAAGGGAAAAUGGGCCAACCCGUCGACCUGAUGGGCCCUGUCACCUUCCUGCUUUCCGAUGCUUCGCAAUAUGUUACUGGAGCAGACCUGCGUGUUGAUGGUGGCUACACUGUUACCUGA